AUGACAUGUAUCGCACCAACAGCAGAUCAUGGCGCAAGAGUUGUUUUGUUGGAGAGCCUUCUUCACGAAGAAACCGAAUCCGCACCCUCUCAUCAUGAAUUAAUUAAAUUUUUAAAACAAUCCUUUCAAAGAGAAGCAACCCAAGUUCUCCGAAAAUACUACUAUUGGGAUCUCGUCAAAAACAAGCCAUCGAGUUUUCUUGAAAUUCCAACAGAAUUUCAUUCCGAUUAUGACAUUGUCUUUACAGCUGUUCAAAGAAUACCUUCUCAUUUAACGCUCGUUAAAGACAGAGAAAUUGUAAUGCGAUGUAUGACAUCUUCCGAAAAUCAGUGUUUGUCACUCUAUAGUUUUUUGGGUACUGAAUUCAAGCUCGAUGUCGAGAUUGCGAGUAUUGCUUUGAAAAUUUGCCUAAAUGAUUACAAAUCCAUGGCAUCUUCACUACGAUCCAAUGCUGAUCUUGCACUGCAAGUAGUGAGACAAAACGGUUUACUACUCGAACUUGUUCACAAAACAUGUCGAAUGAAAAAUAGAAUGGUACAAAUCACCGCUCUUGAACAAAAUGGAAUGGCUCUUCAAUUUUUGAGUCAUGAAUUGAAAAAUACCUAUGAAUUGGCAUUGACAGCAGUCACACAAAAUGGAGCAGCCAUUCAAUUUAUUUCUCGAGAGUUGAAAAAACGAGAUGAAAUUAUUACAGCAGCAUUAAACUCAAACACAAGGGCCUAUUAUUACUUGCAUCCUACCUUGCGGUUGAAAUAUGCUGAAGAACGUGGAGAUUUAACUUAUCCCUAUGACGAUAUUUUCAUACGGCAACGUAAAAUUCCGUAUAUUGUCUGUAACGAUCGACCAUGUCAAGUAGUGAGAAAAACUUAUAGCAGAUGGUUUAAAAAGUGUCAUAUUGACUGUAAGGACAUUUUUACAGGUGAAACACUUACAUUGAAUUACUUAACACCACAAUCAAUUGUUCACAUUCCAUUCAUUUGGACAUUUGAAUAUUUUGUGGAAUAUAUUGAGGGAGACGAAGUGGUAUUAACACAAAGAAAAACCUUACAGGUCGUUUCAAAGAAAUUGAGUUCUUUAUUCGAGAACAGCAACUCUCAGCUUUUCAACGAGUUAACCGUCAAGAAUGAAUCAAGUAACAAGAUUGUGAAAAUUGUGAAAUCUAUGGGUAUAGAACGAGUGGUUGAUGUGUUGAUGGAUGGGUAA